AUGGAGUCCAAUGUUGAAAAGAAGAAUGAUGAACGUGAUGAUGGGGUUGGUGACAAAGUAGAGGCAAGAACAGCAGCGGGGUCAUUGCGCAUGGUUUUGAAACUGGCAGACUGGAAAGACAUGGUGUUGAUGGUCCUGGGGACAAUAGGGUGUGUUGCAGAUGGGUCGGCCAUGGCUUUGAUCUUGGUCGUUCUUAGCAAGCUAAUGAACAGUUAUGCAGCUGGUGCUUCUUUCAACUUUGGAGUCAUAAAUAAGUUUGCAUUGGAUUUAACCUACGUAGCUGUUGGAGUGGGUUCUGGCGCAUUUCUUGAAGGAUUCUGUUGGGCUCGAACUGCGGAAAGGCAAAUCUCCAGACUAGGUAGGAAAUAUUUAGAAGCAGUUCUGAGGCAAGAUGUUGGGUUUUUUGAUAUAAAUCAUGGGGCAUCCAUGACAUCCCAAGUUGUUAGCAGUAUUUCUGAUGACACACUGACUGUACAAGGUGUUCUUACGGAGAAGAUAGCAAAUUUCAUCACAAAUAUAUCGAUGUUCAUCACAGCUCAAAUUGCCGCUGCGUAUCUUAGUUGGAGACUGACUAUCGUUGGUGUCCCUGCAUUGUCAAUGUUGAUCAUUCCUGGGAUAGUAUAUGGCAAGCUUUCCGCAGAGAUUGCAAAGAGGAUGCAGCAAUCUUAUGCAAGUGCUGGUGGAAUAGUGGAGCAAACAUUGUCCUCCAUAAGAACCGUUUACUCCUAUGUUGGAGAGGAUCAAAUGGUGAAGAGCUAUAAGUCUGCACUAGAGCCUACAUUGAAGCUUGGUAUCAAACAAGGAUUAAUCAAGGGAAUGGCAAUGGGUAGUAUUGGAGUUACGUUUGCAGUGUGGGCACUUCAGGGUUGGUAUGGUAGCACCUUGGUCACCAACAAGGCAGCCAAAGGCGGGGAUGUAUUCGCUGCUGGAGUAUGCAUUAUAUAUGGAGGGCUUUCUCUUGGGAGUGCUCUAAUAAAUGUUAAAUACUUUGCUGAGGCAAACGUGGCAGCUUCACGGAUAUUUGAGAUGAUUCAGCGAGUUCCUUAUAUCGACUCUGCAAAUCAACAAGGCAAGAUGAUAUUAGAUGUCAAAGGUCAAUUGGAAUUUGAAGACAUAGACUUUGCAUAUCCUUCAAGACCAGGUAGCUUGGUAUUACAAAGGUUCAGUCUAGCAGUAAAAGCCUGUCAGAUUGUUGGUUUGGUUGGCAAAAGUGGAUCAGGUAAAUCAACGAUCGUAAAUUUGAUUGAAAGAUUCUACGACCCUCUUAUGGGAGAAAUCCUCCUUGAUGGCAUUAACAUAAAGGAGUUUCAGCUGAAAUGGCUGCGGAGUCAGAUUGGUUUAGUUAGCCAAGAAACUAUUCUUUUCAGAACCUCAAUCAAAGAAAAUAUUCAAUUCGGGAAAGAGGAUGCGACAAUGGAAGAGAUCGUUAGAGUGGCAAAAGCAGCCGAUGCCCACAACUUCAUUAGUCAACUACCUGAUGGUUAUGAUACUCUGGUAGGAACACUGGGAAUUCAGAUGUCUGAAGGGCAGAAACAAAGGAUUUCCAUAGCAAGGGCAUUGUUAAGGGACCCAAGAAUCCUGCUGCUUGAUGAAGCUACGAGCGCACUGGAUUUGCAUUCAGAAAAGGCCGUUCAGGUAGCCUUAAAUCAUGCCUCAGAAGGACGAACCACUGUUAUCAUUGCGCAUCGCAUCUCAGCUCUCCGCAAUGCCAACUUAAUUGCAUUUAUACAAGCAGGACAAGUUGCUGAAUCUGGUUCUCAUGACCAACUUAUGCAAAAGAGGAAUGGCCUGUACUCAGCAAUGGUGCAGCUGCAAAGAACUUUAAUAAAUAAUGAAGUAAGACCAACAUCAGCUGCUAGUGAAUUUAAUAGCUUUGUUUCACAGGAAGAAGGAACUGCUUGCAAACAAGAAAUAGAGGACAAAUUGGUUCAUGACAAUUCCAUUAAAGAGAAGAGUAUCGUCCAGUGGCAAGAAGAUCAACAAGACGAUCAAAAAGGUUCCCCAUCUAUAUGGCAGUUACUUCGAAUGACUGCACCAGAGUGGAAGUCAACCCUGAUAGGUUUCAUGGCCGCUCUUUGCUAUGGACUAAUUCAGCCAUUGCACUCUUUCUGCCUUGGUGCUCUUCUAUCUGUCUAUUUUAUAGACAAGCAUGAUGAGAUUAGGUCACAAACAAAAAUUUACUGCUUUGCCUUCUUGUCCUUUGCUAUAUUUGCUCUCAUCACCAAUGUCAUUCAGCAUUACAGCUUUGGGAUCAUGGGAGAGCGCUUGACAAAAAGGGUGAGAGAGGCUCUUUUUGGCAAGAUUGUGACGUUUGAGAUGGAAUGGUUUGAUAAAGAAAACAACAGUACUGGGGCCCUCUAUUCAAGACUAGCCACAGACGCAACUAUGGUAAGAACUCUUGUUGCUGAUCGCUUGUCAUUUUUGACUCAGUCUAUCUCAGCAGCAACUCUAUCAGUUAUUUUGGGCAUGGUGUUGUCGUGGAAACUUGCACUUGUAUCCAUUGCUCUGCAGCCACUCAUCAUUGGUUCCUUCUAUACUAAAGCAAUAAUAAUGAAGAGCAUGUCUGAGAAAAUACUCAAAGCACAGAACAAGAGCAGUGACCUAGCAAGUGAGGCGGUAGGAAACCAUAGAAUCAUUACAGCAUUCUAUUCUCAAAAAAGGGUGUUAGAACUUUAUGAAAUUACACAAAAAAACCCAACUAAAGAAAGCCAUAAGCAGUCUUGGAUUGCAGGGUUUGGAUUGUUCUUCUCACAGUUCCUCACAGCUGCCAAUCCAGCAUUAGUAUUCUGGUAUGGUGGGAAACUGUUGUACCAUGGGGAUGUCUUGUACAAGCACUUAUUUCAGACUUUCUUCAUCCUGACUACAACUGGAAGAGUCAUAGCAGAAACAGGAAGCAUGACCCUAGACUUAACGAAGGGCACAACAGCAUUGAAUUCAAUUUUUAUGAUUUUGAAAAGAAAAAGUAAGAUUGAUCCGGAUGAUGUAGAUGGCAUUAAACCAGAAAAGAUUAGCGGAGAUAUAGAGCUUAAACAUGUGGAUUUCUACUACCCAUCCAGACCAAAACAGAUCAUAUUAAAGAAUUUAUGCCUACGAAUUGAUGCUGGAAAAGUUGUUGCUUUAGUUGGACAAAGUGGGUCCGGAAAAUCAACAAUUAUUAGAUUGAUCGAAAGGUUUUAUGACCCAUGGAGAGGAUCAGUUGAAGUUGAUGGACUCGACAUCAAGUCCUAUAAUCUACAUGCUCUGAGGUCACAUGUUGCAUUUGUAAGUCAGGAACCUAGUAUUUUUGCAGGAACAAUUCGUGACAACAUUGCAUAUGGCAAAAAGAAUGUAACUGAUGCUGAAAUAGUUGAAGCAGCAAUCACAGCAAAUGCACACGAUUUUAUAAGUUCCAUGAAGGAUGGCUAUGCCACAUACUGUGGAGAAAGGGGCACACAGCUAUCAGGGGGACAAAAGCAAAGGAUAGCACUUGCUCGAGCCAUCUUGAAGAAUCCUGCAAUAUUGCUAUUAGAUGAGGCAACAAGUGCACUGGAUGUCAAUUCAGAGAAACUCAUUCAAGAUGCAUUAGAAAAGACAAUGAUAGGUAGAACAUGUGUUGUUGUGGCUCAUCGACUAUCUACCAUUCAAAAGUCAGAUAAAAUAUCCGUGAUUGACAACGGGAAAGUUAGAGAAGAGGGAACCCACGGUGAGCUGCUUGCUAAAGGAGAAAAUUCUGCUUAUUUCACCCUGGUAAAACUCCAACAGCUUGCCGCCAUGUGACAUUAAGUCCUCCAGAUAACUGGCUAUACUAAGAAGGAAACAACUAGUUAAUCCUGAGACUGCAUAGAAUUAGGCAAACAUUUGGCAGCUUUCACAGGAAAAUGUAUAAAAUCAGCAAGUCAGCUUCAGUCUGCACAACUUCAUCUUCUUUUACUUCAUUUUAGCGAGGAAUGCAAUGUUAAGCAUGUAUUAAUUACCUCUUUGACUGUGUCCUAUUAGCUGUAUAGGUUUUUUAGUUCUCCUUUUCCACAAAAAGAGGUGCAUCAAUUUUCUCUUUUGAUUUUUAUCACUUAAAAUGAAACUAGAAUAUAAUAUUCUUGGCCAACGCUGCCUAGUUUUGACCCCAAGUGGACAUCCCAGAUGGUUCGACGAAUCUUACAAAGGAGAGGUAAGGUUUACAAGA